GCGUCGCCAUUUCCCGCCUGGAACGCGGGGAAAAUGCCGGCCCGGAAGCGGAACCCGCAGCCGCCCGGUGCCUUCCCGCCGGGCGCGGCAUGGCGGGGCCGGUGGACUGUCACUGCCACCUGGCCGCGCCCUGCUUCCAGCCGGACGUGGCGGCCGUGGUGCGGGCGGCGGAGCAGGCGGCCGUGUCAGCGCUGGUGGCGGUGUCGGAGCAGGCGCGCGAGUUCCGGAGCGUCGUGGAGCUGUCUGAGAGAUUCCCAGGGUUUGUCUUGCCAUGCCUGGGAGUUCACCCCGUUCAAGAGGUUUCUCCAGAGGAGCAGCGCAGUGUUACUUUGAAGGAUCUGGAUGCUGCACUGCCUCUUAUAGAACUUUACAAAGACAAAUUGGUGGGGAUUGGAGAAGUUGGACUAGAUUUCACUCCCAGAUUUGCCAGCACUGAUGAACAGAAGGAAGGACAAAGACAGGUUUUGAUCAAGCAGAUUGAGCUGGCAAGAAGACUGGAUUUGCCAUUAAAUGUUCAUUCCCGCUCAGCUGGAAGACCAACCAUUAAUCUUCUGAAGGAACAAGGUGCUACCAAGGUGAUGCUCCAUGCCUUUGAUGGGAAGCCGUCUGUAGCCAUGGAAGGGGUGAGAGCUGGAUACUACUUCUCCAUUCCUCCUUCCAUUAUAAGGAGUGAACAGAAGCAGAAGCUUGUGAAACAGCUGCCGCUGGAAAAUAUGUGCUUGGAAACUGACUCUCCUGCUCUGGGGCCUGAAAAACAGGUGAGAAAUGAACCCAAAAAUAUUUACAUUGCUGCUGAAUACAUUGCGAAAAUUAAAGGAAUUCCAGUUGGAGAAGUUAUAGAAAUGACUACACAGAAUGCACUAAAAGUAUUUCCUAAACUUCAGCACUUUAUUCGGAUAUAGAUUCAGAAACUGAAAUAUAUGAUGUUGCAGAAAGUAUUACUUGUGGUGUUAUUAAUAAAACCAAUGUAUAUCUUGUAUUAAAGUGGAGUUUUGCAGUUGGAAGUUCAAGAAGCAAGGAGUGUAAUAUAGCUGGAUAGGAUGAAAAUAGGGAAUUUCUCAAAGGUCUUUGGUGUGCACCGUAAUAGUCUCUUGAAUGUGAUCAAGACACAUUGUUCCUUUGCA